AUGAAGGUCGUCCUGUCGGUUGUCACAUUUGUUAUAUUUAUUCAUCAAGGAUAUGCCUUAAAGCCUUCCGUUGGGAUUCUCAAAGUUUACAAGGAUGAUAAUGUAUCAAGUCAUCGGUGCUUCUUUAUUUCACAGACCAGAAAUUUGGAUCCACUCCUAACAACGACAAAAAUGAAAUUGGUCAAUUUUAUAUCUACUACUAAAGUCUAUCCUAAUCUUUCAUCAUCACUGGCUAUAUCUGUUAUGUGGAAUAAUUUUAGUGAUAUAGAAAUAUUAUCAAUUAAUCCACAGCUUCUAAUUAUUAUUUAUGAUGGGGAAUUAAAUUCAAAAUUAAAAGUUAUGAUUGAAUCACAUGCAUGGGAAUUAUUCACAAGAGCCAACCUAUUUUUGGAUAUCGAUCAGUUUAAUGAGAUAAUUUAUGGCGAGCGUUCUUAUCAAUCUAAUAUGAAUAUUUCAGUAUCCGUUUUCCCAUUUAUUCCAAACUCUAUGGCGUUUAAAUUUCUAAUUUGGAUUUUGUUGUAUGGAUUUGCUGUGAUUAGCAUCUUAUUGGGUGCAUGGAUAACUAUUGUUAACCAUGAAAAACUGUUACUAAGUUACGCUAAACAUCAAAGUAUGCUACCAAAGUUCAAAUCUUCUUUGUAUUUGUAUAUUAUCGUGUGUUUGGUAAUUUCUGUUACACUCUUGUUGCUAACUUAUUUCUUCUAUGAUAUAUUAGUAUAUCUCUUAAUAGCACUGUUUGUACUGGUAGGCGCGAAUUCGAUUUCGAAAUUCCUUACAUUUGUUAUCCAACAUAUCGCUCCUUCAACAACUAAAACGAUAACAAUUAAUGUAAAAUGUUGUCGAGUUAUUAGUCCUAGGAAAAUAUAUAUUCUUUCUCUAGUUACUUUGCCAAUUGGUCUAGCCAUAGCUACAACGUGGUUGGUAUUUCGUAAUAAUGAUCUAAUUGGUUGGCCUCUACAAUCUGUUAUCGGGAUGUUUAUAGUAGCAGUGAUUAUUUCAUCUGCGUUGAUUAUACCAUCAGUCAAGGUUGGUACACUUUUGUUUACUGUAUUUAUGAUCUACGAUAUAUUCUUUGUAUUUAUUACUCCCUUAUUCAUAUCAACUACAUCAACCAAUGUCAGUCAUCCUUCUGAGCAUGUCGAACUUACUAGAACACGACGUUCAACUGCUCAUAGUUUUAUGGAAGCUGUAGCAACUGGUUCAGCCGGUAAAAGUGGAGAACUGAUACCAUUAUCAUUUCGUUUACUUAUCAAUGAAUAUAUAGAAGUAAAUAAACAAAAUACCGCGACCGUACCAUAUACUUCUCUCUUAGGAUUCGGUGAUGCUGUUAUUCCUGGAAUAUUUAUCCAAUUUCUGGCAUUCUAUGAUGCAUGCUGGCGUACUCCGUACUAUCGACACUUUUGGGGUGGACUUUUAGGUUACUCACUUGGUUUCAUAGCUACCAUCAUUAUGUUACAUUUUACUAAUGUCAGUCAACCGGCUUUAUUGUAUCUAUGUCCAUUUACUCUUCUUGUAACUUUCAUUAUCGUUAUCGUUUGUGAUGGUUUAAAUGAAUGGAAACUAUUGUGGUUAGGCAGUUUGCCUACAUUGGUCGAUGGUGCAAAUAUAAAUCUGACUGAUAAUAGUGACCGGGUUAAUCAACCAACUGAUUCUUUAGAAGUGAAUGAUCUAUAUUCAGUUGAAUAUAAAUCGCCUAAUCAUUCAAAGACUUCACUAGUCCUUGAGCAAUAA